GGUCAGAUGAGUUCCCCCAGAGAUGCCUUCAGGAAUAGAUCGCCCACUGUUUUGACUGAGGGCCAUCUCUUCAACUCUUCAACCUGUACCAAGGGCCAUUCAGCAGAUGGAUCUUCUCUGGUCUGAGGUCAAUCUCCCAGGCAAGCUAGCAUCGACAGAAAGAAGAGCACCUCAAGAUGAGGCCUCCGGUUCUCCUGCUGUGUGUUGUGGGCCUGUGUGUGUUGAAUAUGGCACAAUCCCUGAAGAUCUGUGCCUUCAAUGUUCAGAGCUUCGGAGAGGCAAAGGCUAGCAACAAAAAGGUUAUGGGGUUUCUACUAAAGAUCCUCGCUCGGUGCGACCUGUGUCUAAUUCAAGAGGUCAGAGACUCUAAGGGGGAAGCCAUACCUAUGCUAGUCAAGGACCUCAACAGGUUUGACAAAGCCAAUUCAUACUCUUACAUGGAGAGCGAGAGACUGGGGAAGAAAUCCUACAAGGAACAAUAUGUCUACAUUUACAGAGACAACCUGCUACAAGUCAGAGCACUAUAUCAAUAUCCCAAACUGGAGGGGGAAGGAACCAAUGAAACAGAUGUUUUCUCCAGGGAGCCUUUCAUUGUCCGAUUCCACUCCCCUACAACCCUGGCUAAGGAUUUGGUCCUGAUUGGCCAGCACACCAGCCCCAAAACAGCCAUGAAAGAGAUUGAUGAACUGUAUACUGUCUUCAGAGAAAUCAACAAGAAGUGGAACACUGACAAUGUGAUUAUCUUGGGGGAUCUUAAUGCGGGUUGCAGCUAUGUCACCAUCAAGGGCUUAAGGGCCGUACGUCUGAGGAGUGACCCCAAAUUCCGCUGGCUAAUCGGAGAUGAGCAGGAUACGACUGUCCGUGGAAAAACACACUGUGCCUAUGACAGGAUCAUUGUCCAUGGGCGGGAGAUCUCCUCUGGUGUCGUGCCAGGUUCAGCUCAGCCGUUCAACUUUAAAGAGCAGUUCCAUUUGACUGAGGAGGAGGCUCUGGAGGUCAGUGACCACUUCCCAGUAGAAGUUGACCUAAAGCCUAAACACCGCUACCUCCUCCGCAAUGAACUCUAGACCACUCAUGGCAACCAACCAUCUGAAA